CGUUUCGGUCGCGGCGACGCCUCGUUCUCAGCGAGUGCUUAUUACACCAAAAAGAUUUCGUUCAUAAACCCCGAUUGCAGAAAGUAGGAACCAUAAAUUCCCCUUUGUUCUAUAAGUAAUUCUUCCAUUUUGGAACCCUAAUUUCAACUUCAUCACAUAAAAACUCUUCAGCUAUCUGAAUUCCUCUGGUCAGGAUUGUGCAGAAUGGCAUCUGUAUCCAGUCAGCCACAGUUCCGUCUUACCCAACCCCCAUCUAAGGUGUUGCACUUGAGAAACUUGCCAUGGGAGUGCACUGAGGAGGAAUUAGUUGAGCUUGGGAAGCCCUUUGGUAAAGUUGUCAACACAAAGUGCAACGUUGGAGCGAACAGAAAUCAAGCUUUUAUAGAAUUUGCUGAUUUAAAUCAAGCCAUAGCAAUGAUAUCCUAUUAUGCUUCAUCAUCAGAGCCUGCUCAGGUACGGGGGAAGACAGUUUAUCUGCAGUAUUCUAAUAGGCAAGAAAUAGUCAACAACAAGACAACUGCUGAUGUUUCUGGAAACGUGUUGUUGGUAACUAUAGAAGGUGCAGAUGCACGCCUCGUCAGCAUUGAUGUUUUGCACCUGGUGUUUUCUGCUUUUGGGUUUGUGCAUAAGAUUACUACCUUUGAGAAGACCGCUGGGUUCCAGGCAUUGGUGCAAUUUUCUGAUGCAGAAACUGCCUCUUCUGCGAAAAAUGCCCUUGAUGGAAGAAACAUUCCUAGAUACCUCUUCCCUGAGCAUAUUGGACCUUGUACCCUUAGGAUCACAUAUUCUGCUCAUACAGAUUUGAGUGUAAAAUUCCAGAGCCACCGGAGCAGGGACUACACUAAUCCAAACCUUCCUGUUGCAUCAUCAGCUAUAGAUGGAGGUGGUCUGUUCAGUGUGGGUCUUGAUGGAAAAAAACUAGAACCUGAGAGUAAUGUCCUUCUGGCAUCAAUUGAGAAUAUGCAGUAUGCUGUCACCUUGGAUGCUCUACACAUGGUGUUCUCUGCUUUUGGACCUGUGCAGAAGAUUGCAAUGUUUGAUAAGAAUGGCGGACUUCAGGCUUUGAUUCAAUACCCUGAUGUUCAGACAGCUGUGGCAGCUAAGGAAGCAUUGGAAGGACACUGCAUCUAUGAUGGAGGGUUUUGCAAACUUCACAUCACUUAUUCUCGCCAUAACGAUCUUAGUAUAAAGGUUAAUAAUGAUCGGAGUAGAGAUUAUACGAUCCCUAAUACUGCUAUGUUGAACCCCCAGCCUUCUAUUCAGGGGCAACAGGCUGUUCCUGCAGUUGGUCCCCCUGCGCAUCCGUACAGUGGAACUCAGCAUCCAGCGAUGCCUCAACCUUCAGCUGGGUGGGCUGCAGGUGUUCCAGCAGCACCCCAUUCUAUGCCUGCAGGCCCUGCACAGAUGAAUAAUCAUCCUUACUUGCCACCUGGAUCUAUGGCUCCCCAAAUGGGCCCUGGAAUGAUGCAGAUGCCAGGCCCAAGUGGCCUAUCAAUGCCGCCAUCUUAUAGACCUGGUCAAAUGUAGUAGUUUGUAGUCUACUUAGUAGUUUUACUUUCCAGUUCAGUAUUUGGAAGGCUAAAUAUUUCUCUCUUUUCAACAAUUUUGGAGGUGUGACUUUGUAAACAAAAGGUUGGGCACGUUUUGCAGGCCCGCAUUAUUCUGAACCUUAGCUGUAUUUGAUUGGUGGUAUGAAAUUUCAAGAAACUUGAGUUA